AUGGAGGGUAGUGCAUUCUCCAGGGGCUGGGAGGGGAGGCAGGGCCACCAAAGACGGGGGGCCUGCUUUCUGGAAGCGAAGGAAAGCAGGGAGCAGUUCCAGGGCCUGCAGCUGGAGCGCGAGGCAUGCCUGGCCUCCAACUAUGCACUGGCCAAGGAGAACCUGGCACUGCGGCCCCGCCUGGAGAUGGGCCGGGCUGCCUUGGCCAUCAAGUACCAGGAGCUGCGUGAGGUGGCCGAGAGCUGCGCAGACAAGCUGCAGCGACUGGAGGACACCAUGCAUCGCUGGAGCCCCCACUGCGCGCUGGGCUGGCUGCAGGCGGAGCUGGAAGAAGCUGAACAGGAGGCUGAGGAGCAGAUGGAACAGUUGCUGCUAGGGGAGCAAAGUCUGGAGACCUUCCUGCCCGCCUUCCAGCGCGGCCGAGCCCUGGCCCACCUGCGGCGGACCCAGGCUGAGAAGCUGCAGGAAUUACUGAGGCGCCGGGAGCGGUCUGCCCAGCCAGCUCCCACCGCUCCUGCUGACCCCCCUAAACCCUUCGCCCCUGCAGCUGUCCUACCCACCGGGGCCGCCCGGGGACCACCAGCAGUGCCCCGGAGCCUGCCUCCCUUGGACUCCCGCCCAGUGCUCCCUCUGAAGGGCUCCCCCGGGUGCCCCCUUGGCCCAGCCCCCCUGCUGAGCCCUCGGCCCUCGCAGCCAGAGCCCCCCCACCGGUAG